AGCGGGUCUGCAGGUCUGCCUCUCUGUACCUCUCUCUCUCGCUCGCUCGCUCUUCUUGUUCCUCCGCAGCAGCCUCAGCCUCAGCCGCCACCGCCAUCAUGGUGCGCAAGCUCAAGUUCCACGAGCAGAAGCUCCUGAAGAAGGUGGACUUCCUGAACUGGGAGGCCAUGGACCACAACCUGCACGAGCUGCGCGUGCUGCGGCGCUAUCACGUGCAGCGGCGCGAGGACUACACGCGCUACAACCGGCUGAGCCGCGCCGUGCGCGACCUGGCGCGCCGCCUGCGCGACCUGCCCGAGCGCGACCCGUUCCGCGUGAGCGCCUCGGCCGCGCUGCUGGGCAAGCUGUACUCCAUGGGGCUCGUGCCCACGCAGUCGUCGCUGCAGCUCUGCGACACGGUCACCGCGUCGAGCUUCUGCCGCCGCCGCCUGCCCGUCGUGCUCGUCAAGCUGCGCAUGGCGCAGCACCUGCGCGCCGCCGUCGCCUUCGUGGAGCAGGGCCACGUGCGCGUGGGCCCGCACGUGGUCACCGACCCCGCUUGCCUGGUAACGCGCGCCAUGGAGGACUUCAUCACCUGGGUGGACUCGUCCAAGAUCAAGCGGCACGUGCUCAACUACAGCAACGAGCGCGACGACUUCGACCUGGACGCGUAGGGGCCAGGCCGGGAGACGCUGCUGGGGACGAUCCUCGAAGGGGCCGGGCAGGUGCCGAAGCGGCCGGGCAGGUGCCGAAGCGG